UAUUUGUCCAUUAAAAAUAUAUCCUGUUUCACCGGUGUUGUAUAAAGUGGCUUGUAUGCCCACAAACCAAAAUCACAAAUCACACACUAGAAAACUCUUGGAAUAUCUCAUCAUCAGCCCUCUCUUGCUCAUCACAACAUGGCUCAAAAUGAUUCACACUCAGAGUACCUUGCCAUUGCAGUUGAUGCAGCCAAGAAAGCUGGGGAGAUCAUUCGUAAGGGAUUUUAUCAGACCAAGAAUGUGGAACAUAAAGGGCAGGUAGAUUUGGUAACAGAGACGGAUAAAGCAUGUGAAGAUCUCAUUUUUAACCAUCUUAAGCAGAAACUCCCUGAUCAUAAGUUCAUUGGUGAAGAAACAACUGCGGCUAAUGGUGUAACAGAGUUGACUGAUGAACCCACAUGGAUCGUUGAUCCCCUUGACGGCACGACUAACUUUGUGCAUGGGUUUCCUUUUGUAUGUGUCUCAAUUGGUCUUACAAUCGCAAAGGUUCCAACAGUUGGUGUGGUUUACAAUCCAAUCAUGAAUGAGCUAUUUACUGCCAUUCGUGGAAAAGGUGCUUUUCUUAAUGGAGAACCUAUUAAAGUAUCUGCUCAAUCUGAGCUUGUGAAGUGCCUUCUUGCAACGGAGGCUGGAACAAAACGAGACAAAAAUACCUUGGAUGCCACAACAAAUAAAAUUAAUAGCUUACUGGCCAAGGUGAGAUCUAUUCGGAUGAGUGGUUCUUGUGCGCUGAAUCUCUGUGGGAUUGCCUGUGGAAGGCUUGAUCUCUUCUAUGAACUUGGAUUUGGUGGACCAUGGGAUGUGGCGGGAGGUGCUGUGAUAGUAGAAGAAGCGGGAGGAGUUGUAUUUGAUCCGUCUGGUAAAGGUUUUGAUAUCACAUCUCAGCGAGUAGCAGCUUCAAAUCCACAUGUGAAGGAUGCCUUUAUCAAGGCAUUGCAAGAGUAAGAAUAGAGCAUCUCUGCAACUAGCAGAAGCUACAAUUUAGUUCUCAACUUCUGGAAUGUAUCAACAAAGAGCUCUAUCAUUUUCAGCACAGGGUCCUUAUAAGUAGCCAAGAGUAACAUUUAAAACAUUAUUACAAUGAUUCAUCCAAUUAGCCUGCAAUCUUCAGCAGUGCGAAAUUAUAUGUGAUAUUCAAAUAAAGAAAAAGCCCAGGGAGUUGGUACUACAUAUUGGUUCACAUAAGUCAUGUAUAAUCAAAUCUGAUACCAGGUAGCUUCUCGUAAAAUUUUCAAUUGUAAUGAAUAGAUUCUAAACAAUAUUCACUUGUUAGAAAAUAUACUCGAAAUUGCAUGAGUAGAAAUUCCGUUUUCAGUCA